AUGAGAUUAGUAGACCAUGUAGACGCGUUUCGAAACAAGUGCAACUCUUUGAUAUAAAUCAAAUAAUACAUUAAGGCUAACUUGGAAUAUUUUCCAAAGAUACCAGUGGACCAAUAAACCAACAAUGCAAAUCAUAAUGAAGGACAUAACAUAGAUAACACCGAAGAUAUGAAUAAAUUAAAAGAUUUAGGAGAACCUAAUUUCUCCUUAGACGACAAGUAAAUUGUUUUGGAUGAAAUGCAACAUGAUCAAGAAUUUUAGGAAGAUUUCGGCAAUGCUUUGGAGUCUAAAAGAAACGAAGUAAUGUAGAAACUUUAAGAAAAUAUUCUAAUUGAAGAUGAGAAAGAGAUGGACAUCAUGUCUUAACGUAAGGAUACUCAAAAAUAUGUAGCUAAAGUACUCGAGCAAGAGUAAAAAAUGGAAAAUGAAGAGUAAAAAGGAGACGUAGUCGAUAAUUUUGAUUAUCAGGAAUCUGAAAUUUGCUCUGUUGGCGACGUUGAUUAUGAAUAAAUUGAUAUCCCACCUUUUAACAUUGAACUGUUUGCCUCAUUCAAUUAGAAGUUACUAAAGGGAGAUGUAUUAAUAAAUGUGAGUGCUACCACCAUCAUUUUUGAGAUCUUUUAAAAGAUUAUAAAAAAUAUUGACGAGCAUAUUAUGAAAUUGAUUAAGAAAAAGGAAAUUGAAUCUGUAGAUGUCAUGCUCUUUGUAAUCCCCUACAAAAAAUUAGAGCUAGCGGAAUAUUUGUUAUAUUCUGCUUUCAAAGCCAGAUAUGACUCCUUGUUUUAUUAGUAGCAAACAACCAAAGAUUGGAAAUUGCUUAAGACUAUUUAUACAGAAGUUGACAUAAAAAACCCUAAGCAAUAUCUCAAAGAUAUCAAAGGAAUGAUUAGUAAUAUGGCCUUAGGUGGAGCAAUGUUAACCCAAGGGAUGAAAUCUAAUAACUCAUUUAGUAGAUUUUUCAGAGCUAUCGGAUACUCAACCUAUUAUUUAGCUGCCAAAAAGGACAGAACUAAUCAGUAUCAAUAUUUCAUAGCCAAUCCAAAUAAAGAGCAUCUUGGUAAGAUGUUCUUGAUGCCAGACAGUUAGUUUGUUAAGAAUAUGUAUAAAAUCAACAUUCCUAAAAUUUUGCUAAAGUAAAAGAUAUAUGUCCCAAUGCUAACAAAAAAACUCAAAGUAGAGGAAGCUUAGUCUUAUGAGAGAGAAGAUCUGAGACCAAAUAACUUCUAGAUGCCUAUAUCUAAUUAAACUGUUGAAAGAAAUUUUAAAGAUCCUUCCUAUAUAACUGAUAAAAAGUUAUUUGUUCAAUAGAAAAUGGUAAAGAUUAGAAUUAAUAGUAGUAUUCCUUUAGAUGUAGACUUCAAAACUAGGAAAGUUAAAGAAAUCGCCAUUCCUAAGCACCAGCAUAUAGGUUGCUGUCUCUGUUUCUUUUCUUAGAGAAAAUUGAGCAAGCCUAUGCAAAGAAUUGACAAAAUUAUUAUUCAUAUUCAUGGUGGUGGUUUUGUCACUACUGAUUCUUGUUUGCAUUAAAACUAUACCAGACUUUGGUCUAAUGAUCUCGGUGUACCUGUUUUCUCGAUUGAUUAUUCCCUUGCUCCAAAAAGCCCUUUCCCAGAGCCAGUCAAUGAUUGCUUUUAGGCAUAUUAUUGGAUUAUGACUUAAGCAAAGCAUCAGCUAGGUAUAGAUCCCUAAAAUGUAGUUUUGACCGGAGAUUCUGCUGGUGGCCAUCUAGUAUGCGCUGUUGUGAUAUUAGCAAUUCUCAGAGGAUUCUAGCUGCCAACUAGUAUUGUUCUCCAUUACCCUGCAUUGAUGCUAGAUUUAAACUCUUUUUUCCCAUCUACUUUGAUCGCUCUUGAUGAUCCAAUUUUAAGUACAGCAUUCCCUCCAACUAGAAUUAUGAUAUGUGAAUCAGAUCCAUUGAGAGACCCUUCUUAUGAAUUUGCUUUGAAACUUAAGAAAAAUAAUGUUGAUGUUAAGCUUAUUCUCAUGAAGGAUUAUAUCCAUGGUUUUGAUGAACUUGAUAUCAAAGGUGGUAUAAAAGAGUGUAGAAAUGCUACCCUAAUAACAGAAGAUAUUUUUAGAGAAUUCCUUGAUUUAGAAAAACCAACUAGAGGAAAAUGA